CGAGGCCACGAAAUGAAAACACUUCCCCUUGUGCAUCUCGAUUUGUGAGAUCAAGAUUUGUUAAAAGAUGUCAUCCAACAUUUGUAUCGUUUGUUCAUCCAUGCGACUCUUCCACACAAAUUUCGCUCGCCACCUAUUCUCGCCGUUGAGAAUCAUGAAAGCCGCGCAGAAGAGGACGUACACUUCUUUCAUCAAGGACAAGACAUUCGUCAAUGGAAAAUGGGUGUCUGCAUUCAGUGGGAAGACAUUUCAAGUGACUAACCCGGCCACAGAUGCGGUACUUGGUACCGUCCCGGACAUGGAUGCUUCAGACACUAAACAGGCCAUUCAAGAUGCGCACACGGCCUUCCAGUCUUGGAAAAAGACGACAGCAAAGGAGAGGAGUAUUCUAUUGAAGAAAUGGUACAACUUGAUGAUGGAAGAGCAAGAGGCACUCGGAAAAUUGAUCACAGCCGAAAUGGGCAAGCCAGUUGCAGAGGGAAUGGGCGAAAUUGGGUACGGUGCCGGUUUUUGCGAAUGGUUCGCCGAGGAAGCACGGAGGAAUUAUGGGGAUUACAUCCCCACGCCUGUGGCCAGUCGAAGACUUAUUGCAAUCAGACAGCCUGUGGGAGUGGCUGCCAUGAUCACACCGUGGAAUUUCCCGAAUGCUAUGAUCACGAGGAAGGCUGCAGCAGCGCUGGCGGCUGGUUGUACGGUCGUUAUCAAACCUGCUGAAGAGACGCCCUACAGCGCUCUGGCUUUAUGCGAGCUUGCAGAAAAAGCUGGAAUCCCUCCAGGUGUAUUCAACGUUGUGACGUGCUCUCGAGCAAAUGUUGAUGCGGUGGGUCGGGAAAUGUGUAAGAGCCCCCUGGUGGCAGCUCUGUCAUUUACUGGAUCGUCUGCCGUUGGAAAGAUGUUAUUGGAGCAGUCUGCCAGUACUGUGAAAAAGGUCGGCCUCGAGCUCGGCGGGAAUGCUCCAUUUAUAGUAUUUGACUCGGCGAAUGUUGAUCAGGCCGUCAUUGGCGCUAUGACGUCCAAGUUCAGAGCAAGCGGACAGACGUGCGUAUGUGCCAACAGAAUUUUCGUUCAGGAAGGCAUCCAUGACGUAUUCGUCUCCAAGUUGGCCGAGGUUAUGCGUAAAGAUCUGAAAGUCGGUAAUGGCAUGGAAGCCGGAGUGACUCAGGGACCUCUAAUCAAUCUUAGCGCAGCGGACAAGGUUGAGAACCAAGUGAAUGAUGCCACAAAGAAGGGUGCCACAGUGGUCUUGGGUGGCAAGAGACAUCCUAUGGGCCCGCAGUUCUUCGAGCCCACCCUCAUAACUGGUGUGACUGAUGAUAUGCUGUGUAUGCACCAAGAGACAUUCGGUCCUAUGGCCCCAAUCAUAAAGUUCAAGUCAGAAGAGGAAGUCCUUUCACUUGCCAAUGAUUGUGAGCAUGGAUUAGCUGGUUAUUUUUACUCCAACGACAUUGGGCAGAUUUGGCGGGUAGCAGAAGGCCUCGAAGUGGGUAUGGUCGGAAUCAAUGAGGGUCUUAUCUCAACUGUGGAAGCGCCAUUCGGCGGUGUGAAGGAGUCUGGUCUUGGCAGAGAAGGGUCGAAAUAUGGCUUGGACGAAUAUUCAGAAAUCAAAUACAUGUGCUUUGGGUCUGUUUGAUGAAGUUAAAUCUCGUGAAUACAAUUGUAAAUGUAAACUAUGCCUCUAUCGUGAAAACAAAAAGUGAAUACUUUUAAGGAAUAUAUUAAGUUAAGAUCUAAAAAAAUUCUACCUCGGAACUGGUGACAGGUGAAUAUGUAGUGUCGGUGUAUGCAUUUAUUAAUAUUCUUCAUUCUCUUAGACAAUGAUGAUAGAUUUUCUUAUAAUAGGUAAAAUAUGGUAGACACUUCUCAUGAAUAUAUUCUGUGAUAUCUAUAUAUUUACCUAUUCAUGAGUUCUAGCUUAGAAACACUGAAACUUGUAUAGGCAAGAUGCAUCAACUCUGUGUUCUAUGUAUCUGUCAAUUUGGCUCCACGGUUGUUUUUACUGGAGCAAUCAGACUUACUCCCUGGUGAAAAAUAGAGAAUACUGGCCAAAGGACACCAUCCUGACCUCAAAGCUCUGGGCCUCUGGUAGAAAUCUCUAGGACAGCCGACUUUAUCACUGAAAAUUGACUGUCUUGUGUGAAUCUGAAUAAUGAACUUGUUUAAUGAUGGCCGAUUUGAACUUAAUUGCAAUGUACAUGUAUAUGUUAUGGAAAUAGAGUGAAAUAAAACAAUAUUAUGAUUAUUUGUA